GGAGACGCCGCUGGGUUUUGGUCUCUGAGAUUUCCGAGCCGCCCCUGAAGGCACCGCCGCCCCGUCACGUGACCAGUCAGCUGAUCACGUGACCCGCGGAGCCGGAAGAGAAACAUGUUGGAGGAGCUGAGCAGAAUCUCCGAGGAGGAGCGGGUUAAACUGGUCCACCGUGUGGUGGACGGUCUCUGUGGACGGGACCCCCCCCGGAGGACGGACUACGGGUCCACCUGGACUCUGCAGGUCUGGCUGCAGCUGCUGGACCAGCUGAGAGACGUGUUCAGGCUGGCGGGGAAGGAGGAGGAGGAGGAGGAGGUUCUGGCCCAGGUGUCCCGGGCCGGCGGUUGCCAUGGCGACCUGCUACUGAGCGUGCUCACAGCGCGGCGGGACGAGAUCCGGCGGGCUCUGCUGGACAGAACCAACUCCAUCUCCACGGCAACGCUGCAGGACUUUGACUGGCAGCUCAAGCUGGCUCUCUCCAGCGAUAAGAUCUCGUCCCUGAACACACCGCUGCUCAGUCUCAGCCUGGACGUGAUGGAGGACGCCGGCCUCCGGCCCGUCGCCAUGGAGAUGAACCGGGACGAGCUGAGCGCGCUCAUCAGCACGCUGGAGGCCGCUAACAAGGUGAUGCAGCAGCUGAAGUGAAGGACGCCGGUUUCUGGAGAUGCUCCUGCGAGGAGUUACGCUCACGAGCAGCACACAACUUUUUGUAAAAACAUACAUUUUGAAAUAAAAUAUGCAACAAUAAAACUCAACAGUUAGACGAAUAA